AUAAAGUGAUUAUCUAAAAAAAAUAUCUUGGUACAAAAAUAUUCAAUAUUUGAUGGAAUUUUCACGUGUCCUGAUUGUUUAUAGUGAGAAUCAGAUGUUUUUUAUGAUUGCCACAACAAUCGGUUGUUUUUGAAUUUUUUAAAUGGCGACCAACAAUCGAUUGAUCGAAAUAUUAGCGAUCGCCGCGGCCGGAAGUCUUCGUCUGCUACGAUAGUAAACACAGGUGACAUCGUUAUUUCUAACCUCAAAUUUCGAAGAAACCUAAAAAAUAGUCAUCACUCGAUGAUAUUUAAGAACAAAACAAGUUACUGCAGCAGCGAUGGAAGAUCUUGAUGAAGAAGACGACGUGAUUAUCGAGGGUAGUGAAUUGCAUCAAGCACUUGUCAAGAUGGGCUAUUCCGAUUUUGAAUUCACACCUGUAAAUAAAGAAUUCAAAUCUUAUAAAGAGCCCUCAAGAAAAAAUGAAUGGUCCAGGAUGUUUAAAACACUUCUUCAAAACUGGUAUCCAAAAAAUCGACGUUUCUCGUCAAAACAAUUUCAUACUAUUUUAAGUGUUAAGUGCCUGUUGGAUGAUCAUUUUGAACAUGUUCAGACUUUCUUGGAUAACGAUUCAUCAACCUUUUGGGACAAAUCAAUGGAAUGGUUACCCGUUUUGGGAUUUGGCAUUUCAGCAGGAAUCUCUUAUUUGAUGUUGAAAAAGAGACAGUUUGCUGCCACGUUUUCAGCAGCUUCUGUUGCAGCAAUGAUAACUUUUCACAAGUACGAAGAAUUUCAGGCGAUUAAAGCCCUGAAAAAUUUGGUUAUUGUUCAAAAUGAAUUAUACUAUUUGUACAAGAAGAGCCUAGGUAUUCUGAGGAAUGUUUAUCGACUCAGACCAGAUGGGAAAAAACCUCCGUCGAAAUUCAGCAAAUUAGAGGUCAAUCGUCUUAAAUAUCUACAGCCCUUGACCGAAACUCUUUUGAGGAGUAUGGGAAAAAUUGCUCAUACUUAUUAUUAUGCUUCGUCGACUACGAUUGAACUGUUGCCGGAAAGUGUUUUGGAACAAGAUAUUCUGACGAGUUUUGAUACUCAGGCGUUUGUAAUCGAAGGCGAAAUAACCUAUGAAAGCUUCAAACAUCUGUACUACGUCUACAUCUUGGUGCAAUCAGAGCUGAUGCAAUUAUUCGCAGUUGCUUAUGACCUCGACCAGUGGCGAGACAGCAGCCACAAUUCGCUGUCGCAAUUGACACGAAUAACUUUAAAACUCUGUGAUUCGUUGAGUAUUGAGAAAAAUCAGCUGGAAAAAUUUCUCACCAGAUUUGAGAGUUCAGAGAGAACAACGAACGAGCGAAAAAUCAAAUUCUCAUCGGCCUCAAAGUGCAGGGAUUUGUAUCUAAACCUGAAUCUACUUUCACGUAAGCUACAAAUCACCUACGAUGAGAUUGCAUCGGUUCUCGAGCAGAUAGAAAAGCACGAGAACGGGGAAGCAGCUGAAUUAAUGAGCGAACUUGCUCCGAAGAUCCAGGAGAUUCACUCCCAAAUUGAGAAAUCGAGAAACUUUGCGGAAUUCAACAAUUUGUUAGUCGCGGUAAUUCAGCGUCCGCGUCACGGAGCCCAGGAAGUACUGCCUUCCGAAGCAGAUCCUUUGGAACCGGAAAUCGAGGACGAUCGAGCGAUCGUCAGGGACUCGGAGCCUCGAAUAAUCGACGAAGUUUUCGAGGAAUACAUCACGGAAGAAUAUUUAAAACCGUUGUACGAAGAGAGCGAUGAUCUGACUAUGGAAAUUGCCAAGCUCGACAAAUUAUUGGCGAAAAAUUUCAUGAGCGAAUUGAAGGAAGUACUCGUCGAAAAAAACAAGUCGAUGUCCGAGCGAGAGGCGAAAGCUUUGCUCCGGAAAUAUCCUGGAUUAAGGGAACGUACAAAUUCCGAAGAAAAUCACGUGCCAGUGAAUGAGUCGAAAAAUGGAGAGGAAAACAUGGAUAUUCCGCGUCUCCCACCCUUGCCGAGACUCGUCGAGGUUUCCGAGGGAUCCCCGAAGCCGUUUAGCCAAAAAGAGACGAGAUCUCGAGGGCCGGUGCCUUUGCCGAGAGCCCGAAAUAUCGAAUCGCCCAACAUUUUCGUCCCCCGACCGCCUCCUCUUCCUUCACUCUUACAAACUGAAUCUCCCGAUGAUACCGAGAGGUUAUCCAUAAAUUUGCCGUUUCCUGGGCCCAGGAAUAUUCCAGUAUUUGUUAAUUGCGAGGAAGAAUUUAUCGGCAGUGGUGAAAAUUCCGAAGAAGAGUUGGAACUGAACAGCGACUCGUCAUGAAUAAUUUUUUCAAAUUUGCGAUUUUAUGAAGUAAAUUAUUUUGAUAUUCA